CGUUGGGGUGUUUUCUCCGGGCAUGGCGUGGCUCCGGUAAAUCCGACGUGGGUACUGUGGGAGAGGCGAUACACGAUGACAGGGGAUGUGCAUGCGGGGGUUGGCUGGAGUUAAUAUGAGGGACGGAUUCUUGCGUUCCACUGCCAGUGGAACUGUUACUGUAGGUGUUGCAUCCGAAGUCUGUGAGGGAGCACGGCCAUCACAGAGAAGACAUCGCGGCGAGUCUACGCUAGUAUGCGGUAGUAGUACUAGCAGGCGAGCUGAGUUGUUUUCCGGCGUCGUCCACAGGUCAGUGCCAUCUUCCGCUCACACUCUGGACUUGCCGCUGCCAUUGCACCUCGCAGACUUGCCCAAGGGGCCAAGAUCAGCAAGUCAGAUCUCGCAGAAGCGGCGGAGUUUGUAUUUCCACCGGCGAGCGACUGGCCGGACGUUGAACAAAAAAGUGAUCGCGGGCUACACUACGAGAGCUAGUCCUGAAGCGGGCUCAACUGUUUCCACUGAACGGCAGGUCCGAGUCAACCGCGGAAGUUCGUUCUCUGAGAAACACUUUGCCGUGCCGGGGGCCUUGCGAUAUCUUUGUUCCAACCAGGCUGAUGGCAUCCUGCUACAAAGCCAUGUAUCGAGGUACUAGUGGGACGGACAGUUGGCGGCCUAAUCUCGCCCCUGUUGGAUAGUCGGCAUUCUCCGUCCUCGACCAGACGGCUCGACAGACGGCUGCUCGAUUGCCAGAGCUAUCCCAAAUGUUGCUCGCAAUCGACAGCCUACCAGGCUCGCACGCCGACCUCUUUGUCUCGGCCCACUCACUAUUCACCAUAAUGGCAAGGCGGAAACUGACUUCAACCACCUUCCCGCCACCAUUAUCUCUCCACGACUCCCGCAACUGGCGCAAUGCAAUGCGGUAGAUGGACACAAUGGGCAAGUGUAGGUCGAAUGCUAACAAGUCCGUGCAAAUGGCACCAACUCAGAUAGCCAAUUCGCAAUACUCCAGCGUCUAAAACAUCCCCUCUCAUGACAUCACAUAUCACUCGAUGCACAGCAUCAAAAGCACCCUAACUGUGAAAGCUUUACAAUGUCCGGGUCCAGAUUGUUGCGUUCGCCACGAGGUACCAUGGACGCUUGCCGAUCCCUUGGACCGGCAUGUGCUUGUAUAUUUGGACAACCACCACUUGACUCACGCUUCAUUACGUUACUGUUCAUCUCUGAGGCAAUAUUCGCCAGACUUCACAACCAUCGACUUACUUCUGUCGGAGAACUUGAGUGAAAAGCCUGGACCCUGAUUCAAGAUAACUGGCUUAUUUCAGCAAGAUUCAAAAAGCAAGGCACGACAAAUUGUGGACCUCCAGAAUAUCACUGUGCGGGGAACAGCAUAUCAAAAAAGUCAAUGUCAACGACCAAGAAUGCCGGAAUGGCCGGCGACGGAACAAGCCGAAGAACAUCUCGCGCGUGCGAUCGAUGCAGAGUCAAGAAAGCAAAGUGUGACGGCAAUCUCACAUGUAAGACAUGUCACCAGAGUAAGAGUGAUUGCAAGUACACAGCGAGAAGGGGCAGGGAAGCCAGGAACUAUUACUGGCGAAUGCAAAGUGUGACAGAGGAGGCUCUGCAGCGGCUCUACUGGGCUUCACGGAGGAGAACGGGCUUCCCAGGCACCGUAUGCGAUGAAUCGAAAGGCUAUGUUACGACAGACGAAAUCCUCCGUGGCCUGGGCCUGGUGGUUCCCGACUUGGAUGAGCCUCUGUCGUCCCAGGCAGCCAGGAAGCCAGCGCAGCCUCUACCCGAGACAAUGCGGGUGCCCAAGUCAAGGGAUGUCCAACCCAUCUCACCCCCAGCCGAGCCGGUCACUCCGCAGCAAGGGGAUCGAAAGUCGGCGGCGCAGGGCCAAAGGUCCAGUUUUAGCACCAUCUCUUCCGGUGAAGACCCUACCACCCCAGAGGAGCUGGACAUGUGUGAGCAGUUCUCCUAUGUGUGUUCUCAAAUCGACGGCCUGCUGCAAAGUCCUUGGUCGAGAAAACAUUUAGACCCUCAACAAACAGUCCCUGGUCGGCACGACCGGGGCUUCAACUUUUACCCAGACGUCGAUGUCCUUUUGGAUACUACUACCCCGGCACCCCCGAUCUCCAUUAAAACCUUCCAAGAUAUGCGAGCCACCAUGAGCGAUUGCUAUUUACCGCCUUGGACAGGAACUUUGACAAACCGCUCGUGAUGCGGUCACCACUACUGCAAGGUUUUAGGUCCAUGACACAAGCUGUUCAAAUGCUGAAUGAUACGCGGCUGGCGCUGGUGGAAUUCCGAAGUGAAUUUGUAUUUUGGCGGCUUCCGCUGUACACUUUUUACUCAAAAGUAGAAUGUACAAAAUGCAUAUAAAUUGCGGAUCUCC